AUGGAACACGAAAUAUCUUCAGAAGGAAAAACUGACUUUACGGGAGAAAUUUCAGCGAUUGAAGAAGAAGCCUCUUCCAGGAGCGAUCUGACGAUGUCAGAUCCUAUGAGAAUCGGCACACGAAUUGUCUACAGUAGCCAAAUACCACCUCUUUCCGGACGCAAGAAAUUCACCUGCGAAGUAGUUGAAAAUCAGUCUGAACUUCCUGAGCAAUUACAAGACGACGAAAUUUAUAUAAGUUUUUUUCUUGUUUUUUGGAGUUUACGAUUGACUUAA